UGCGGUUCAUUUAUUGUGAAGGGUCUGUAGCGGAAGUGCUCUGAUCCUCAGUCACGGACUUUAUCCAGUGGCUGCUCUUCGCACCUCGCUCCCACUGACAAUAUCUUGGUUGGCUGAGGACUGUGUUCGUUUGUCUUCGGUCCACGCUUUAGCCCCGAGUGUCGGUCUGCUGAGCGUGUUUGUGUGCUUUUUCCGCCACUUUAACAACAUCUCCAAACGUUUAAAGUGUUCCGAAGGCUGCGGACCAGGAGCCAAAGAGAGGCGAGCAGGUGGAAGGGCAGUAAAGUUGAUUCCUCCCCCCUCUCCUGUGGUCCGAGUCUGCGACGAAUUGGACUCAGCAUCGAUAUAAAACCGUCAAGGGUCUACCGAUGGCGUCUGAACUACGUGAUGGUCUGAAGGUUGCGUUCGUCCUCAUCGCCGUUCUCUCUACAGGUUCUGGUGAAAAUGACAUGGACUGGACGUUUUGUGGCCUUUGGCUCCAUGACCUAGGUUCCCCGCAGCUGGACGUGAACAUCUCCCCUGGAUGUUCUAACGUCUCGGUCUCGGCCAACAGGACGACUCUGUCCAUCCACGGUCAGGUGACCGCUCAGUGUCGGCGCUUCAAUGGGAUUCAACUGGACCAUUAUGGCCUUGGUCACGAGAAAGCGAGUAACUUCUGUCUGUACUGGGAGCCAGCGCUGGAUCGCCUCAUCCUGCAGGUCAAACAACAGAACUUCAGCCUCUGCAGGUCAGCCCACCCUGAAGGCUCCUGCUGCACUGACCUGUCCCGCUCCUCCAUAGGACCUGAAGUGGUUCACGGCAUCAAGAAGGCAAUGAUCAGAACAGACGUCAUCUCUCUGGAAACCUUCAGUGGCUACACCUUCAAAGGAGAAAGAGUUCCCUGCAAAACCCUGCGUGGAGACACCAGCCUCCAGUCCAACCAUCUGAGCAGCCUUGAACACAGAGCUGAGCAGUUCAUCCCCGUCAGCUUCAACAUCGACCUGGAAGAUUCCAGACCCUACGACCUGUCAUCUCCUAUCAGUCGAGGUGAAUAUGAAGAACCCACCAUCACCGUCCAUCUACCGCCUGCCUUGAAACUGGCCAUGAGGACCACCACUAAGGUCGCGGUGACCUUCCACACAAACACCACCUUUUUCCAGGACGGUCACAAGGAGACGAAGAUCCUCGGUGAGGUGGUGGACAUCACUGUGGAGAAUGAGAUCAUCGCUGAUCUGUCUGAGCCAAUCAGGAUCAGCUUUUACCAUGACGCCAUACAAGAAGAACAUUCGAGGAAGUGUGUGGCCUGGGACUCCAGGAAAAAUCCUGUGCAUGUUAAGUGGUUAGCAGAGGGAUGUGUGACAAGCCAGCGAGGCGUCGAACACACAGAGUGCUUCUGUAACCACCUGACCUACUUCUCUGUGCUGGUGGAAUUGCAGCCUCGACCAGUGCGCCAUCUCAUGGCUCUUACCGUCAUUACUUCUCUGGGCUGCGCUGCCUCUUUCAUCAGCUGUGUUGCUCUCAUCGUGUUUCUCUGCACUAAGAGCCGUCAGUCUAAGGAACAGUCAGUUCCCAUCCACCUGGGUCUGGCUUUGUCUCUGGCUGUUCUUCAUCUUCUCUUCUUCCUGACUGGUGUCCUGGCCAACCUGGGGGGCGAGGCCCUGUGUGCUUGGGUGGGGGCCGGAAUGCAUUACAGCCUGCUCAGCUCCUUCACGUGGAUGGGUAUAGAGAUUUUCCACACCUUCUGGUUGGUGUAUGUGGUUUUUACACCUUCUCCAAAACCAUACAUUUGGAACCUGCUGGGCUUCGGUCUGCCCCUGAUUCCCGUCAUCAUCCUGGUAGCAGUGGGCGACGUUUACGGCUUGAGAGAAGUCUUUUCAGCUGAUGACCUCUCCAACCCGUACCAAAUGUGCUGGAUGAAAGACUCGACCAAGGCCUUGCUGGCUCACUAUGUGACCAACAUCACAUCGGUGUUCCUCCUGGUCUCCUCUGGUAUCGUGAUGCUCAUCCUGGUCUACCGGAAGAUCCGCAUCAGAGACGAAUGGAAGCAGACCCAGGUGGCUUUCCUCAGCAUCUGGGGCCUGAGCUGCCUCUUUGGAACCUUCUGGGGUCUGACCUUCUUUGAAUUCAUGUCAGACCUGGUCCUCUUCUUCUCCUGUUUCCUCACCUCUUUUCAAGGGUUCUUCAUCGCGCUGCGGUUCUACAUGCUGGAGUGGAUGAGGAAACGAGCUGCCUCUACACUCUGCAGCAACAGCACUGGAUCCACCAGACAACACAUGCUGCAGGAGAAGAGCUGAGUCAGGUUAUCACUGUGACAACACCAUCCUGUCCUUGGUUUAUUAUUAUUAUUAUUAUUAUUAUUAUUAUUAUUAUUAUACUGCUGUGUCUUCAAAUGUGACCAGUUAAUUUAAACGUGACCCUGAGCAGCAGUGAAAACUCACCCAUCAUUUCUGUUGUCACGGCAGAACAACUGCUGAGACAUUUCGUACAUCACUGUGACUCGGCUGUAAUUCUUAGUCCGCACUGACGUUGGAGUGUUUCCUCAGUUCUUCUCCCUUCAGCCAGCAGCUAAAAAAGUUCAAUUGACAAAAACGUCAGGUUUCAGCUGAGACGUGGGGUCAAUAUCAGUUCUGUAACUGAGCCACACAAAGAUAAAGUUUGUAUUUGUACAGGUUCUACAUGAAGUACUACGUGUAGUAAAACUAGAACCAUACUGGACCUCAAUGAUAAAAGUACUGCUGGAUUCAUUCAGGUUGAAGUUAGACAGUUAAUACACAUUCACUUUAACCACGGUAACCAUGGUAACCACCAAUCUCUUUUGGGCAUUAAUCUUUUUUUUUUUUUUAAUUCUGGUGAUAAAAAAAACAUGGAGCCAAACAAGUCCAACCACAAAAAUCUAGAACCUUCAGUGUUCUGAGGUGGAACCUUCUACAUCCUGCAGUAGUUCAUGUAAAGGUCAUUUCAUUUAAAGCCUGACACAUUCAGACUCAUGUGUAAAUAAUAAUGAUCAUGUGACAUGUUGCUGUUCCAGGCAGAGCAGACAAACGGAUGAAUUUAGUCACGUCGGUCACCUGACGGUCGGUCAUCUGACGGUCAAACAAGGUCUUCAGUUCAAAUACAAACAGAGAUAAAGCUACUGUGUUGAUUCUUCUUCUCCGAGGAAGAAAUGCAGCCUUGACUCAGGAACUCAGACCUGGAGUCUGUGUUGUUGUCUAGACUGGAUCUAGUUGAUCAACAAAGAAGUUCAUGUCCAAAAACCUUUUAUGAAUGCUGUGAUACUGAGCUGUGAUUAUACAUAUAUAUAUAUAU